GUCAUAUAGUGACGUGUUAUGCUCUGGAACUGCAAAUGACACAAACCACAUCACAAUCACAACGAGUGAGCAGCUGUUUGAAGACAUUCACUUAAACACAGCACCCGUUUGAUGCUCAACCCGUUUUAUUGACAAUGAAAUUCUUCAUUCUCUUGGUGCUUCUGUUGGUCACCAGCAUCAUCCACAUGAUCACAGGAGGAUCAGCUGCUCACAGGUGUUUCUGUCAGGUCACUGGGACCCUGGAUGAUUGUGCUUGUGAUGUUGAGACCAUUGACAAGUUCAACAACAGAGAUGUCUUUCCCAAACUGCAGAAAUUACUGGCAUCUGAUUAUUUCAGGUUUUACAAGGUCAAUCUAAACAACCCAUGUCCAUUCUGGACCGACCACAGCCAAUGUGGACUCAAAUACUGUGCUGUGAAACCAUGCACACCAAGUGAAGUACCUGAGGGCCUUAAAUCCAGCAGUUAUAAGUAUACAGCAGAAGCCAGUCAGGAGAUAGAGGAGUGCGAGAUGGCAGAGAAACUUGGAGCUGUCAACAGUUCCCUCAGUGAUGAGACACGCCAGGCUCUACAAGAGUGGAAAAAACACGAUGAUGAUUCUGACCGUUUCUGCAUGCUGGAUGAUGAGGACUCGCCUGACUCACAGUAUGUUGACCUCCUGCUAAAUCCUGAGCGUUUCACUGGCUAUAAAGGACCGGAGGCCUGGCGCAUAUGGAACAGCAUAUAUGAGGAGAACUGUUUCAAGCCUUAUUCAGUCAAACGACCACUAAAUCCUUUGGUGUUUAACAGUGGAGACAUUGAUGGGCAGGGAUUCUACCACUGGCUGGAAGGCUUGUGCGUGGAGAAAAGAGCUUUCUUCAGGCUGAUUUCAGGACUGCAUGCCAGUAUAAACGUACAUCUGAGCGCCAGGUACCUACUAGAUGAGAAUUGGUUCGAGAUGAAGUGGGGUCACAAUGUCUCGGAGUUCCAGGUGAGAUUUGAUGAAGAGCUGACAAAAGGAGAGGGGCCAAAGAGGUUACGCAACCUCUACUUCCUGUACCUCAUUGAGCUGCGUGCUCUGGCUAAAGUUCUCCCUUACUUUGAGUUUUCUUCUUUCCAUCUGUACACUGGCCAACCGGCACAAGACUUCGAGAACAAGAAACUGCUUUUAGAGCUCCUCCAUGUGGCCAAAUCUUUUCCAUUGCAUUUUGAUGAGACCACACUAUUUGCUGGAAACAACAAGGAGGCCAUGAAACUAAAAGAAGACUUCAAGCUCACCUUCAAAAACAUAUCACGUAUCAUGGAUUGCGUUGAAUGCUUUAAAUGCAGACUUUGGGGUAAAUUGCAGACACAGGGCCUGGGAACAGCACUUAAAAUCCUGUUUUCUGAAAGGCAAAUAGAGGCCAUGCCCAAUACAAGCAAGACCAAUCCAUCUUUUCAGCUCAGUCGGCAAGAAAUUGUCUCUCUGUUUAAUGCUUUUGGAAGAAUAUCCACAAGUGUCAGAGAGUUGAAGAACUUUCGCUCACUGUUGUCAAAGUCAGACAGUGACUGAAAAAAAGAAACCUUUACAGAAUCUUAUUUUACACCAGUUGUUGUUAAAGACACCCUGUUUAACAGCACCUUACUAUAGUACCUGAGCACUUUAGCCCUAAGGCUAUUAUGGGUAUGGAGGAUAUUUGAAUUAUGACAUGUGGUGACCAAAUAGGCGACAAAAAUUAGUCCUUUGACUGCUUCUCAGGAACUCAGAGCUUCAAUGGAAAUACAAAAAACCACUCCAGAUUGAUUUACAAAGAGUGACAUUCACAAUAUUUGCAUAUUUUGCAGAUAUAAAGUCGUUAAAAUUUUUUUAAAGCUUGAAUAUAUUUCUUAUUCUUUAUAAAGAUGAAUUGUUUAAAGUGUCAUAAUUUUGUAAUAUUUCUAUAUGUGACUUUGAAUCAGCAUGAAACCGUGCAAGGGCAUCUAGAGUUUUGAGCACAUUGACUGAAUUAUGCUGAAUUGUGUAUUUCAAUAAGAGAUCUGUUGUUUAUUUUGAAUGUUGUUCUGUUAUUUUUCCAUAAACACUUCAGAUGUGGUUGUAUUGAGUUAGGCUCAUGUGUUUUGCAUUCGUUUUGUGAUGAAUCGCUCUUUAAAGGAAAAGUUCACCUAAAAAUGAAAAUUCUCUCAUCAUUUACUCACCCUCAUGCCAUCCCAGAUGUGACUUUUUCUUCUGCUGAACACAAACGAAGAUUCUUAGAAGAAUAUUUAAGCUCUGUAGGUCCAUACAAUGCAAGUGAAUGGCGACCAGAACUUUGAAGGUCAAAAAGCACAUUAAGGCAGCAUAAAAGUAAUCCAUACGACUCCAGUGGUUAAAUCUAUAUCUUAAUAAGCUAUCUGUAUGACUCAUGCCAUCCCAUAUACAGUGCCUUGCAAAAGUAUUCAGACCCCUUACCAAUUCUCUCAUUUGACAGAAUUACAAAUGGUACACUGAAAUUGCAUUCUGAUUGAUAUUUUAUUUUAAAACACUGAAACUCAAAAUCAGUAAGGUGACAGUGUUUUUGUUGGGAAAUAUUUUUAUGAAAAAUAAAAACAACUGAAAUAUCUUGCUUGCA